ACAAACAUGAGUCCGUUGGACGAAGAGAAGCGGAGGGAAAUUGGGCAGCAUUUCGUAUUCGGCUUCCAUGGCCACGAUGUCAGUUCGGAUAUCGAGAGGCUGAUUCGAGAAUACUACGUUGGGAAUGUUAUCCUGAUGAAGCGAAACGUCCAGAGUCUCCAGCAAGUCCGGGAUCUCGUGGCAAAACUACAGAAGAUCGCCAAAGACGCUGGGCAUAGUACGCCACUUAUGAUCGGUACCGAUCAAGAGAACGGUUUGGUAUCUGCAUUCAGUGCGGAGAUGGCAGGAACGCAGUUCCCAGGAGCUAUGGCCAUUGCCGCUAGUCAGUCGACAGACCUGGCUGAACAAGUCUCACUCGCCUCAGCUAAAGAGCUUAGGCUCGCUGGGAUAUCCUGGGCGUACAGUCCAGUGUGCGAUGUCAACUCCGAUCCUCGUAACCCUGUCAUAGGUGUACGCUCAUUCGGAGAUGAUCCCUACGAAGCAGCUAAAUAUGCGGCGGCAGUAUCUCGCGGUCUCACAUCCGGAGGCGUUGCUCCUUCAUCAAAACAUUUUCCUGGCCACGGGGACACCCAUGUUGAUUCUCACUUGGACCUCCCGAGGAUCUACAAGAUACAAGAACAGCUGUCAGCUACGGAGCUUAUACCAUUCGAGAGACUGAUAAAGGACGAAAUUGCGACCAUUAUGACUGGCCACAUGGCAUUACCUCUCAUCGUAGGAGAUGACACGCCCUCAUCACUGUCCAGGAUGAUAACCACCGACCUGUUGAGGAGCAAGCUAGGAUACAAGGGGGUUGUAGUGACUGACUGCUUGGAGAUGGAGGCAGUGGCGAUCAAAUAUGGUUCAGAAGGGGGAGCCGUUCUCAGUUUGCAAGCCGGCGCCGACAUCGCGAUGAUAUGUCACCGGAUUGAUCGACAGGUCGGCGCACUAGAGGCGACUUACAGAGCUAUCAACGAGGGCAAAUUGUUGAUGGACGAUAUAGUACGCAGUGGCGAUAGAAUCAAGCAGCUGAAACAGAAGUUUACUGGCUCCUGGGAGGAAACCUUCGACAGACUAGGGCACCUCGACUUGGCUGUGCUGAGCCAAAUGAAGGAAGCAAAUGCGCAGCUCAGUCGCACCGCAUAUGCAGCUUCCACGGCGUUGAUGACCCAGGAAAAAGGUACCUUGCCCCUUGCAAAGGACGGCUUGGUACUGGUGUUCACCCCCCAGGUCGAGCGGAUCAAUCUUGCGGUGGACGACGCAGACGGAGUUCUCCGCGACAAGAACGGUCGGCUGAGGAACACCGCUGGUCCGUCGUACCUCGCCUUCGCAAGAUCUGUCUCGGACCGUGUCCGGGCGGACCACAUCGUCUACGGUCCGUCUACCGAGCUGCCUGAGGGUCUGAAGGCGGCUAGCGGGAUUAUCUUCGCAACUCGCAAUGCACAUACCAGCGUGUGGCAACUGGAGUAUCUGAGACGCGUCAGAACAGCGUACUCUUCGCUACCCAUGGUGCUUGUGACAACCUGCGCACCGUACGAUUUCAUGGAUGCGCGAGACUUGCGAUCGUUGCCCGUGCUCGCCACUUUCGAGUUUACUGUGCCGGCAUUGCAGGCCGCUACGGAAGUGAUAUUCGGGGAGCGUUUGCCGACGGGGCGAGCACCAGUAUCCACACAUUUUCUGGCGAAUUAG